AGGACUGAUCCCACUGCCAGUGAACUUUGCCUACGUCCUCUGCAAAAACGAAGGCGACUCGGCCACUUGUCAGGGAUGAGAUGCUGUAAACGGACACUGUCUGGUGGUCGUACUCGAUAAUAUCUGGAGGAUGGAGUGUCGGGGACUUCUUCCUGCGAUAGCCGCCGCUUGUUUAAUAGGCCUGGUGGUGAGCCAGACCACACUUACUCCUGCUGUGAUUAACACCACUCUUAUUGAGAACGUGACCAGUCUGACUCCAACUCCCGUGAUUCUCAGCAGCACGACCCCAGGCUGCUCUGCAUUCAACACUUCAACUUGUGAGCCUUGUGCACCGGGAUCGCAAUACGACAACAACACCCUGCUGUGUGUGUGCUGCUCUGACCCCGGGCUGUGUCUAUUUUCUGGAGCCUGUCUGCCGUGCACCAGAGGUUUCUAUCAGCCACUUGCUGGACAGCAGCAGUGUCUGCCCUGCAACCAGGGCUUCUACACAAAUUUCACUGGAAGUCCAUUAUGUCACCCCUGUCCUCGUGGAUCCUUCAACAAUAAUACUGGUGGUGACAGUUGCACAAGUUGUUCACCAGGUUUCUUUUCGUCACAGCUGAGUUCCACCUCAUGCACGCCAUGUGCGCUAGGAAGUUUUUGCAACUCCUCUGGUUGUACAGAGUGCCAGAUGUGUCCAGGAGGAACUGAGGCUCUACAGGCCUCUGCUAAAGACUGCACGCUGUGUCGACCAGGUAUGCACAAAGCUCCCCAUCAGACCAUGUGUCAAAUCUGCGGCAGUGGCUUCUUCCAGAUCCGCUGGGGCCAGGAAAGCUGUGAUGUCUGCCCAGAGAAUCACUACUGCCCUAGUCCAGAUGUGAACCCCAUUCUGUGUCCAAGUGAUGCCUUUUGUCCAGAGGGCAGCUUGGCUCCAGGCUACUGCAUGGAGACCUUCUUCCGCAAAGCAGGGGACACUUGUGAAUUGGCUCCUGUCACUAUUGCUCUAUUAGUUAUUGGAGGUGGAGUGGCUUUACUCUUUAUCAUUUUAAUGGUUCUGCGUCGACGGAGAGACACUGAUGGAGAACUGACUCUAGCCCGAGCUCCAUUAUUACGCAAAGAGCGACCUCAAGGUCGAUACUAUGGGAUCCCCUGUGAUGCAGAACCUGUAUAUGCUGGCUGGUGAACCAAAGGACCUCAGUUUAGCUUUCCUACAGUGAGUGGUUGGUCAGACAAAACCAGCUGAAGUCUUUUCUCUGUAUGGGUCUCCACUAAAGACAAAAGGACUGAUAGAAGAAGACUGAUGGUAAAAUCCUGGGUUGGUGCCACAAUAGUACUUUGACAAUCCACCAGCUUUUUUAUGUGGUACAUUUGAAUAUAUUAUUGAGAAACACAAGUUCAUUCUUCUGUGAAUUCUUGUAGUUUGACACUGUAACAGUUGUUCCACUCAGAGAUAAACACUCUCCUUUUGCAAACUAGGUCAUUGGAUUAUGAGAGGUAUGCUGGAACGGUGAAUAUGAGAUGCGUGCCUCCACUUGGUGGGAACCUCUCUUAUAAAAAGCACUUUUUUUUACCAAGGUAAUUGAUUUACUUUGCACUCAUGUUGGUCAAUUUGUUGCCUCCAUUAACUUGUGUAGUUCCUCAGUGACAGAGAGGUGUAAACUGUUGUUGGUGCCUUGUGUUUUUUAAUGCAUUUGAUUACAUUAUGUCUGUGUUGUCUGUAGUUUCAUUGAUUCCUUGGCUUACUAUUUUUCACCUGUU